GGGCGGAGAGGUCAUUGGAGGUUAUUUUAUCCAGGCGUUCCCUUUUUUCAGCCCAGACUCUCUUUUGAGUAUAAAAGAAGCGACGUUCGGGACAUGCUAUCAUUCAAGACCCUCUCCUCCGUCGUCCAAGAGCGAGCAAUCAUGAACGCUGUCUUCAUUUCAUCACUGGUCCUUGGAGCGAUCCUCGCCUCCUUGGUAUCAGGAGCUCCUCAGCAGAACACGCCACGUCCCAUCGCCAUCAUUAAGGACGAGCGUUUCCAACCUCAGGACGGCGCCUAUUCCUUCGACCUGGAGACCGAGAACGGCAUCGUUCAGAGCGAGGCUGGAAGUCCUGGAUCAGAGGGACAGACCAACGUCCAGGGAUCUUUCCGUUUCCCAUUGGAGGACGGAUCCAUAGCCGAAGUGACAUACAUCGCCGAUGAAAAUGGUUUCCAAGUCCAGUCUCCUCUUCUCCCCGUGGCCCCACAGUUCCCCCACCCAAUCCCUGACUUCGUCCUCAAACAGAUUGCUUUCGCCGAGGAGCAGAGGAGGCUCGAGGCCGCUGGAGGACGAGCCUAGAUUGCAGGACGACCUCUGGUUUCAUGAAGGUUUGGAAACCAAAAGUGAUGACUGAAAAACGAACGAAGAAUUUCGAUGAUUUGUUUCUUUUGUGAGCCUUUUGAGAGACUCAUCCCGCUGUCCUUUACUACCUUUACUACUUCUACUAUUGCUACUAUCACUAUCACUCUCUUAGCAUCAAUGUCCUUUUUAGCGAGAAAGAUAAAUGAAUGUGCUAUUAUUUAUUCUUAGAAAUAUUUAUUAAAAUUUAUUUAUGAGUCAUUUAAGUGCCAUAUCUUUUCCUGUUUCUAUUGCCAACAAUAUAUUCUUCCUAUUCAC